AUGGAGGAGAUUGCAGGGGGUGUGCUGCCAGAAAAGGCCAUGAAGGAAGAGUUAAAGGCAGCUGAGGCAGAGAAGGAAGCCGAAGCUAGAUUGAAAAAGGUAGCAAAAGCCGAGAAGGAAGACGAGAAGAAGAAUAAGAGAAAGGAAAAGAAGGUUGGAAAGGAGGAGUCGUGGCAUCAUCACAAGUCCAGAAAGAACAAAGAGAAAAAGGAUGAUGACAAAGAUGAAGAUGCCAAGAAGAAGAGGAAAGAGGAGAAAGAAGAGAGAAGGUUGCGCCGAAAGGAGAAGAGGCGCCUGAGAGAAGAAGAAAAAACAAAGCAGAGGGCUGCAAGCCCCAAGAAAGAUGGAGAGUCGACCUCCGUAAGAGAGGAUAGGGGGACAUGGCGCAAUUGA